UCAAAUCAAAAGCACCACAGGCCAAGAUGGGGGAACCUCUCCUACCUGUCUUCCCUAUGCUUUUUGUCUCAAGAAAUUCUGUUUAUUGCAUAAUAUAAUCCAAAAUGGAAAUCUUGAUUGAACUAUGUAUGUAGUGGUAAUAAUUUUUGGGGGAAUUGGAUUUUUAAAGCUUAUUGGAUUGAGGUUUGAUGUAGAAUAGAAUAGAAUAUUGAUUGUAAAGCUGAAGCAAAACGGCAGAGCAGAGUGUCGUUUUAGAGCAUAUCUUCCGUCCCAUCUCAUUAAAAGGGCACAUAAAGGAAGCCGUUGAACCCUUUUCCUCUGCAACUUCCUUUGUCUGCUCCGUCGCUCCUCCGCCGUGCGCUUCUGACAAGCCGCCGGAAUUUGCUGUUAAGAUGGAGUUAGGGAUUGUACUUGCGUAAAUUUUUCAACUUUCAGAUCCAUAGUUUUGGUGAACUCUCGAUUUCUGAAGCUGUGGAGUUUUUGGGUGGGAAUGGGUUCGAUUCGUGCAGAUCUGGGCAGCAGAAUUCACCCCGAGCCGAUCGACCACUUCGACCGUCUUCCGGACUCGCUCAUACUCCUGAUCAUCGAUAAAAUCGGAGAUGUCAAGGUUUUAGGCAGAUGCUGCGUCGUUUCGAGGCGGUUCCACUCGCUUGUUCCCCAAGUCGACAACGUUGUAGUCUGUGUGGAUUGUGUUAUCUCCGACGAUGAUCCUUCCGUCACCUCUUCUUCGUCGGCCGCCGUCGCUGCCCCCGUCGCCUCCGACAAGUCUCGGGAUCCUAUCUCCUCGCUAUUCCGAAUCUUCUUCUCCGGGCUGUUGAAACCCUUCCAUUCCCUGUCGCAGCUCAUCUCUUCCAACUCAUCCCGCCGCGCCGCCGUCUCCGAAGGUUUUGACUCCGAAACGGAGCACAACAUUGUCACUCACCACUCACCUACUCAGGUACUGAAGAAUUUCAACGAAAUCAAGGUCCUUCGUAUAGAGCUUCCGAGUGGGGAAUUAGGGAUUGACGAUGGCGUUCUGCUCAAAUGGAAGGCUGAUUUCGGUUCCACGCUCGAUAAUUGUGUCAUUAUCGGAGCAUCCAGCGUCAUUCAUCACACCGUGAAAGGUAAUAGCCCUAAUUCCUGUAACAAUGAUGGCAACAAUGGAGGGGAAAAUGAUAAUGGUAGCAUACCAGAGUCGUUUUACACAAAUGGUGGGUUGAAAUUGCGCGUGGUGUGGACUAUUAGCUCGUUGAUUGCAGCCUCGGCCAGGCAUUAUUUGUUGCAGCCAAUAAUUGCAGAGCAUAAGACAUUGGAGAGCUUAGUGCUGACGGAUGUGGAUGGGCAGGGAGUGUUAUCCAUGAACAAAGAACAAUUGGAGGAGCUGAGGGUGAAGCCCUUAUCUGCAUCUUCUGCAUCUAAGAGGACUCUCGUUCCGGCUCUUAAUAUGCGGCUAUGGUAUGCGCCGCAUUUGGAGUUGCCUAAUGGAAUGGUGUUAAAAGGGGCGACUUUGGUUGCCAUCAGGCCCAGCGAGCAGCCGAAGAAGGAGGUCGUUGGGUUGGAAGGGAAUUGGGUUGCGUCGGCUUUUGAGGAACCCUAUGGAACUGCUGCAAGGAUGCUGGUGAAGAGGAGGACUUAUUGCUUGGAAAUGAACUCUUUCUAAGGCAGAAAUCGAAUGUUUGGAGCUUGUUUCAUGUUUGUUUUGUAUUUGUAGAGAAAGAAGUACUAGUCGUGGUUGCGUGCAUUUGUGGCCAGGUAUGAAUGGUGGCUGGCAGAGAUGACACUAUUCAUCUACGACUGACUGCGGGUGCGAGGCGCUGAAUCUGCUUGCCAGGGGAUGUAACAACGGUAGGCAUCUCAUCUUAUAUCCUGCCUUGGUUUUGAAAUCGAGCAUAUGCUUUAAGAGCGAAUUGUAUGCAAAAAUGUAAGAGUUGUAAACCAUGGACCUGUUGAUCUUCUUCCCAAUGUUAGCAAUCUCUCUGUACAUACACCACCAACUGUUGUAGGUAUGAAUUCUAUGCUCUUAUUACAAUCUGCUGUCCUUUUUUAAAGAUUCGCCAACAAAUGUAGAAAUAGAAUGCCAUUGUUCUUGA